GAGGGAGCGGGGCGCGCAGGGAAGCGGGACACGCCGAGAGGAGACGCGGGGGCUGCAGGUUCUGUGUCCCGCUGCUGCUUCUAGCUUCAUCCUGCUGUAUCCGGAGUGGAAUCAGACGCCAGAAUUAAAAUGAUUUCUGAAGCUGAAAACUUCCUCACACUUGCUGGGAUCUUGAUCAUUGCAGUGUCAUGUGAAGCCAUUGGACCACCGUGGGUGAGUAGUGUGGUGGAGGAGAAGCAGAUCGCGCAGCUGGGUCGUAAUAUCCGGCUGCCAUGCCCCGUCGAAGGUAACCCUCCGCCCCUUCUGCUCUGGACGAAGGACGGUCGAAACGUCAACGCUGGCUGGAGCCGUUACCGCGUUCUGCCCCACGGCCUCAAGAUCAAGAACGUGGAAGCCAAAGACGCCGGAGUCUACGUGUGCCAGGCAGCCAAUGGCUUCGGCAGUGUGUCCCUCAACUUCACCCUCGCUGUCAUUGACAACGUUGAACCUCCGACCAAACCUCCGAAUCCUCCAAUCUCAGAGGAACCCUGCCUCAACACAGCACCAGUGGAUCAAGCCGGGCAGCCAUGUGUAAAGCCACGCUUCAGCCAGCCCAUGAAGAUGCGCAGACGUUUUCGGGAACAGCCCGUGGGCAGCUCGGUGCGGCUAAACUGUGUGGCCACUGGAAACCCUCCACCAUGCAUCACCUGGUGGAAGGACCAGGAGCAGCUUCCUGCUCCCACCCGGGCCAAACGACCACAGUGGACGCUCACGCUGAAGAACCUGCAGCCACAGGACAGCGCCCGCUAUACCUGCCGCAUCUUCAACAACGCCGGGCACAUCAACGCCACCUACACGGUGGAGGUUAUUGAGCGUACGAACUCCAAACCCAUGCUGACGGGAAGCCACCCUCUGAACACCACGGUGGAGCUUGGUGGCACAGCCUUAUUCCAGUGUAAAGUCCACAGCGAUGUGAAGCCCGUGAUCCAGUGGCUGAAGCGGCUCGAGCCGGGCACGGAGCGGCGCUACAACACCACGCUGGAGGUUGGAGGUCAGCACUUCAUGGUGUUGCGCACCAAAGAUGCGUGGCCUCGGCCUGACGGCUCAUACCUCAACAAACUGGCCAUCGUCAAAGCCCGAGACGAGGACGCUGGCAUGUACAUCUGCCUCGGAGCGAACUCGAUGGGCUACAGUUUCCGCAGUGCCUACCUCACUGUUCUCUCAGAUCCCCAGGUGGAGAAGCCGAUUCCCCCAGCCCACCUGAGUUCUGGUCUCCCAUGGCCUCUGAUCAUCGGUAUCCCAGCGGCAGCUCUGCUCAUGGUUGGCACGAUCGUGUUGUGGUUGUGCCAUAGCCGCCUCCGUCACAGCCCCUUACCCCCUCGCUCUGCACCCUACCGAGAGCGCCACGGCCCCGAUAAAGAUCUCAGCAUCCCCAGCAGUGGCAGCCCUGACUUCCCCACCCACAGACUAAUGGGAAUAGGAUCCCCGGGCUUUGGUGGGCCUGCAAAAACUUUCUCCAAGGUCUACACGGACAUGCACACCCACACCCAUACGCACACACAUUCGCAUGCUCAUGUGGAGGGGAAAGUGCACCAGCAUUUCCACUACCAGCGCUAACAGGCUAAGCUGUGCCUCAAACGUUAAGCUACAAAAAGCUAAUGCUGCUAUCCUGCUUUACAUGGACAGUGGGUCUUCUGUUUAGGUCAAGAAGCUGGAUCUGAACUGCGUUACCCUUGAGCACUGAUGGGAAUGUUAAUGGAAAUAAAAAAACAGCCAACCAUGGAACAGUGUUCAUGCCAUAGAUGUUCUGGUGGACCGCGUUCACCUUGAAAACUCCUCAGGGCAGGAAGAAUCUUGUGUGUGUGUGUUUUAAUGGACCCAAAUCAGAUUUUUUUUUUUUUAUUAUUAUUAAAAGGGACAGAGCUAUAAUUCAUUGCACACCUGAAACCGAACAAGGUCCUGAAGACAACAUGCAAAACCAACACACUGACUGUACUGACUGUAGACCACCUCCGUCAUCUGCUAGAACCCUCCUCUACCCUGCUCACCAAUGGAAAGGGACCACAAGCUCACUGCUGACCAGACAUUAUUUGGGCGGUGGUUUAUUCUCAGCAGUGACACUCACAUGGUAGUCUGGGUUGUUAUGUUAUGGGUAUAUCAGAUAUCGCAGUAUUUCUAUAAUUUAAAAAAAACCUCACAACUUUAGGUGAGAACCAGUCCACCAAGCAAAACUCUACAGCCAACAUCAGCAUGCGGUCAUUAACUGACGAAGCACUGAUAAAGGGUACCCCCUAAAACGUUUAGCGUUCUCCAGUGGUUCCUCUGGUGGAACCAGGGUUCAUGUCGAACCCUACAACGGUGUGUUUCCCCAUAAGGAAGAUUUUUAAAGAAUGUUUUUUUUUAAGCCUAGAAUCCUAUAAGAACUCAGUCUUGCUACUUGGUACACUCAGAAAAAAAUGGUUCUUGAAGGGUUGUUUAGGGGUUCUUAACCUACAGAAAGGGUUGUACUUGAAACCCUUUCUGAUAGGGAGACACUGUGUUGUAGAACUCUACAUAGAACUCCAAAAAGUUCUCCUAGAGGGACAAACAAAGAACACUUACAGAUACAACACACUUCAGGUAGAACAAUAUGAGUUCAAGUCUCAAACAGUAAACCUACAAGGUGACCAAAGGUAGAACCUGACACACACACACACACACACACACGCACACACACACACCGUGUCACAGCUAUACUGAGAAUGAACCCAUGAUCAGAGAUACUGGAUCAGUGGUGGCUUCAUGGUGGUUCCUUUCCGCUGAUAGACGGUGUAGAGGGGAGCAGACCAAUGCAUAGCAAACAGAUGGACUACAUUCAGUAUACAAUAAGAAUACACAGCACGGUGCUGGGAUAUGUCAGUGUCUAUGAAAAGCUGAUGAGGAAGAGCAGUUCUGUUUACAGUGUGUACUUUUAUUCGAAUGGGAGCAUAUCAGAAACCCAAACUGUGGAUUUUUUUUUUUUUUUUUUUUUUUUGCGAUUUCCUGUUGUUUUGCUUUUUAAAUGUGAUUUCUUUUGUGAUAUCUGAAUAGCUGGGUAAAGAAACACAAAACAAAAUGGGAGAUUAAUUUUUUAAAGUGGCUUCUUCUUGUGUUUGUUUUUCUGUUCUGAUCUUUUUUUUUUUUUUUCUUCCAGUAUGUAUUCGUCUGAUUAUAUGCAGUAUGCAGUAUUAAUAUUGUUUAUCUCGUCUAGAAUAUGCAAAAAAAAUCAGAGAAUAACCUUAAAGCCAUACGAUGCAUUUACUUGCAAUAUUUGCAAAAUUUCUUUUGUAUCUAAGACAGUUUUUUUUUUUUUUUUUUUUUAAAUAAAUAAAUAAAAUCACUCUGUUUGACAGUCUCGUGGUGAUAUAAUCGUGUAUAUGUAUUACGAUUUAGAGGUAAAUGAAAUCUCCGGCCUUCUUUUCUCUAUAAAGUUCCCUUUAAAGAACGUAAAUAUUGCAAAUUCUGCUGCAUGGAUGCUGCGACUUCACUGUGGUGCUGAUGUAAGCAUAUUUUCAUAGUAUUUUUGUAAUAAACAGACGAUGUUGGUUUGUGUAUUGCGUUCAUUUGCUUUUUGUUGUUUUAAAACGGAAAAAAAAAUUCAUAUGAUGAUUUUUUUUUUUUUUUUUUUUUUUUUUUUGGUUUUAAAACAAUAAAUAUUACAAAAAUGUC